AUGAAGUUACAGGGAUCACUAGGCCGAUCAAGCGUAUGCUCCGGCUCAUCUUCCCGACAAUUCUCAUCUUCAACAAUCGUACAAGCCAAACCAAGAAGACAAAAAAUAUCACAAGAUCCGCAUGCUUUAGACAAGAUGAAAAAGUUUGAAUUUGAUGAUAUUCCAACGGCAGGACAUUUUUUAUUAGAUCGUAAAAGACAAUUGCUACAUUAUGCUCGUUUGGCAGAAUGGGAAAUGCCAAAAUUAGCACAAUUCAAAAAACAAUACAUACCCCCAACAAACGAACAAAUUUUGCGCGUUAAACAAAUUCAUUAUCAAGGAGAAGCUCAUCCUGUCACACGUAAAGCAGUUGUAACGGUUCAAGUUAGCGAUUUGUUCAAGGGGGAUUAUCUAUCUUCGAGAGAUGCAAGGAAGAAGUUCUUAUUGUUGGCCGGACCGCGUUGGAACCCGUUUGAGGAAAAGAAGGAUAUGAUCCAGCAAUCCAACAAAAGGAUUGAUAUUUUCGGUGACCAUGCAAAGCUCGAGCGUAAAGCUCUUGAUAACGGUGGUUUUGGAGUAGUGAAAAUUAGCUGUGAACGAUUCCCGAACUCGCAGAUGAAUUUGAAGUGGUGUAGUGAUGCGGUCGACAGCCUGAUAGCCGAAGCAAACAAAGAUGCAGAAGCUGUCAAGGAUGUACCUUUGGAUCUAAGGCAUGCACAAGCACAAGAACGAAGCAGAGCAAACCUGGACAGAAAAAGUGCACCAACUAUAAGAGAUUUUCCAAAAGAAUGGUUGCAGAAGUCAUCUUCGGCUUAA